GCUUCCCUGCUCUCCAAAUCCCGCAGCACUUGUUGUGUCUUCUUGUGGUCACUUUGGAGCCAGAUAAGCUUUGACGAACGACACUGGAUUUAUUUUUAAUACAUUAGUGAUUUGCAGGAUUUAACAGUACUUUCUCUCAUAUAGCCUAUAUACCAAAACAUUACUUUUCUGAAAUAUAUUUGAGUGUGGUCGUCUGCGCAUAGCUGUCAGACUGGCCUAUUCGGCAUUGUUUUUUGGGGCGAACGUUAUCCACAAAAGAGAGAGACAGAGGAAGAGAGAAGGGCACUUAUUCCACGAGCCUCUUUAGCCCGAACGGAGAUAAAUCGAGGAUAACAUUCGUAAUUACAACCAUUUACGCAACCAGAUAAAGGUGGAUAGUCACGGAUACGUCUGGUAUCCAACAACAAGUCAACCUUCAGUCUAUCAUUAUUUUAUUUUGGUGAUCUUUUACCGAGAAAAUUACCGUCCGUGUUCAUGCCAGAUCUGCAGCGCUUUAGUUUUCCAUACCAUAGCAUGAAUCCUUUGUUAGGGGCGAACUCGCUUCUCCAACAUCAACAGCAGCAGAACCAAGGAGGACAGAGUCAUCCGGAUUCCCCCUCAGGCCUUCUGCCCGAAUCCGUCUUCGGCUCGCUCGACCCGACGUCCUUCUUCCUGGGCGACCAUCCCGGACUGGGUACGGAGACUCUGCCAGGGUUCGAUUUCACCACACCCUCACAAGCUUACCUGCAUCUGAACCAUAAUAACCACUCGUAUCACCGGUCUGUGCCUCAACCUCCUGCGGCGAUGGCCCUGAGGAACGACCUGGGCUCCAAUAUCAGUGUCCUAAAGACUCUGAACUUACGGUUCCGAUGCUUUCUGGCCAAAGUGCAUGAACUUGAGCGAAGGAAUAAGAUUUUGGAGAAACAACUACAACAGGCGUUGGAUGCGAAGAACAGCUGUGAUGGAAGUUGUUCUGAAAGCGCUAGACGGGCCCAUACCCAAGAAACGGGUGUACAGACCGGGUUUGUGGGAACUAUCCCGCUCAGGCCCGGGUCACUCCCGUUCCAAAACACCAACAACUCCGCGAGACGACCCACUACCCUCUUCACACCUGCCCUCAACACUGUCCUCACGCUUGAGUCCAACAACAAAGCUGGAACAAACCCCACCGAACCGAAUAAGAAUCCGACCAUCACGGUAAGCCUAUCAACCCCGACAAUCGACUCUCCAGCUGGGUCCAAUUCAAUCACCAACGGGAAAACGGUUUUCAGUACCAGUACUGGCACUGGAACCCCCACCAACCCGCCUCCCCGGUUCCUCCCCGGUACUAUCUGGUCCUACAACCAUACCCGCAAGCUCGGUUCUGGCGUGGAGACGCGCGUCACCAGCCCGGGUGUGUCCUGGGUCCAGCCGGACGGGGUCGGGGUCCAGAUUGAUACCAUUACCCCGGAGAUCAGAGCCCUGUACAACGUCCUGGCCAAAGUCAAGAGGGAGAGAGACGAGUACAAACGCAGGUGGGAGGAGGAGUACACUGUCAGAGUGGACAUGCAGCAGAAGAUGGAAGACCUACAGGAGGUAACACUGUGUGACCUCCAGGAGAGUGAGGGCUGUCAGGAUGAGUUGGCUGUCAGAGUACAGCAGCUGAAGGCUGAACUGGUGCUCUUCAAAGGCCUCAUGAGCAACAACAUGUCUGAUCUGGACAGUAAAAUCCAGGAGAAGGCCAUGAAGGUGGACAUGGACAUCUGUAGACGCAUCGACAUCACGGCUCGCCUGUGUGACGUGGCCCAGCAGAGGAACUGUGAGGAUGUCAUCCAGAUGUAUCAGGUCUCUAACACCCAGUCUGCCAUCAACUGUCGCCCCCGGAAACAGACCCCGCUGUCCGUCAACAGUAGUGAGGGUGAUGAGACUAUCAGCACCUCGGAGAGCGAUGGGGGCCUGCCCAGAGAGGAGGAGCUCUGUGGCUCGUCAGCCAAUCAGAUCAACGAGGAAAUGCAGAGGAUGCUCAACCAGCUGCGGGAGUGUGAGUUUGAAGAUGACUGUGACAGCUUGGCCUGGGAGGAGACAGAGGAGACUCUGCUGCUGUGGGAGGACUUCCCAGGAUGCACUCUGGCUCCAGAGACCACCCACCAGCCAGGAGAGCAGGAAGACCAGUGUCUGGAGAAGGUGAUUAAUGACACUGAGGACUUAUUCAAAUCCAGGGAGAAAGAAUACCAAGAGACCAUCGAUCAGAUUGAGUAUGACUUGGCUACAGCUAAGAGUGAUAUGAACCGUCACCUACAUGAAUACAUGGAGAUGUGUUCUAUGAAGAGAGGCCUGGAUGUACAGAUGGAGACCUGCAGGAGACUCAUCACCCAGAGUGGGGACAAUAAGCCUGGCUCUCCUGUGGCUGUGGCUGGUGAGGAGAGCGUUGACCAGGCAGAGAAGGAAGGGACAACAGCAUCACCUCCUCUCUCCAACUCUCCUCCCAGAUCAUGACCUAUCAAGACCACCUCCAUCACAUGACCUUCAUUCCAUCCAACCACAGCACCACUCAACACUCCGCUGUCACUAUAGCAACGCCAUGUUUACAUUCUAACCACUAGAUGUUUGUUAGUCUAUUUUUCAUAUUCUUCAUGCUAUCUUCAUUCACAAGGCUCAAUAUAGGAAAGUGGCAGAUCUAUCUGUUUUAGCGACGGUGUAGUGUUGUGUGUUUCCAACAGCUUUUAGUUCCCCUCUACUGGAAAGUGGUAUUACUAACACCAUGGAAGUCUGUACAUAAGAAUCCACUGUUUAGCAGAGCAAAGGUAACGAGGUAAUGGAUUGAAAUACACAACUUGAAUUGAGAAUACCUCAUAGAAACUUAUGAGCAAUAUUUGAAUGAACUCAUAUGAGUUGUAGGCUAGCGUGUACUUUUAAGGUAGUUGUUGGUACUACAGAGAACCAUGGUAAUAACUCUCCUAUAGCAUGAUCCAUUUCCACACAGCCAUAAUGAUAAACACACCGCACACACACACCAACACACACCAAUACAUUCAUGUCAGGCUAGCAGAUCAUUCUAACAGUGUGCUGUCCUGUUGCUACAUCAUGAGGGUUGUUUUCAGACUCAGUCAAACUCACCUAGAAGUAUAACACAGUAAAUAUAAGCCUUAGGGUGUGUUUGUAAAUUCACUCUGGAGUGCCAGAGUGCGCUCUGGGCGUUCGUAAAUUUAAAGCUUUGUCAGAUUGUCAGUUCGUAAAUUCAGAGUGUUUCGCUCUCGGAGCGUUCAGAGCGCACAAGGAGUAGGGUUGAUCAGAGUGUUCUGACCUCACAACCGCAGUCAAGCACCCAAGCUAACUGGCUAAAGUUGGCUAGCUUGCUAGCUACUUCCAGACAAAAAUGAGAGAACACCUCACUCUGACCAUUUUACUCACCCUAGCAGAACUGAUUAGGUUGUUUUUGUUAUCCAGAGUGUUGGUGACUGUAACUGUGACAAUUUCAUUACGCUAUUUUGCCUACGUUUACUGACACCGGCCAUAUUCAAUGGGUGUUGAGCGUUAGUAAAUUCAUCAGAUGAGAAUGGAGUAGAUAGCCAGAAAAAAUUUACAAAGCAAAGCCCAGUUGGCAAGAGAGAGAAACUCCAGAUUAAUCACUUUAUUAGCAACAAAACAGAAAUAUACUGUACUGUAUCAUAGUUAUUCAAACGGGCUAAAAUAAUAUAAAAUCACUCAUUUUAUCAAGACAUCUAUACUUCAUUCAUAUGUAUCAAUGAAAACUAGAAAAAAGUCAAAUAGUAAACUAAACUCUAAGAUGCAGUCACUCAGAUGGCGUCAAUGAUAUCCCCUGUGUGGGAUUCUGAACUCACGAGUCACAUUUUGAAACAAAAGCCUGCCCGUCUCCCUGCCCUUUUGUUGACAUCAGACAGGGAGUCAAGGUAACAUUAUUUUACUGUCCUGUUUCACUUACCUGGUAUUUACUAAGGAAUUAUUGGAUAACAUUGUGUAACAUUGUAUUCUUUCUUCAACACAACUGGUAACUAACUACCUGGUACUAAAUGUUACAUAGUGGUGCUUGUUUCACUGAAUCCCAAAGAACCCCAAAGUAGUGUGCCGGGUAAAGUAAAUAGGAGACUGUAACCAGAGUCAACAAGAGGAGUGGGGGGGGAGAGAGAGAGCAGAGAUUUUUGUUUUAGAAUGCAUCUGUAGCCUAUGGUUUCCACUAGAUAACACAGCCACAAAGUUAAAAUUGGAUAUAUCGUAAUAUUUCAUGAAAAUACAAAUGUGCUUUUUGGUCUUAAUUUAAGGUUAUGGUUAUGCAGAAGGUUAGGAGUGUGGUUAAGUUUAGGGUCAGAUUUUAAGACGAUAAAUUGUAGAAAUAGGCAGGGUUUAUGACUUUGUGGUUGUGUAAACUAGUGAUGACCAUAGCCUAGCCUGGUUCCAGAUCUGUAUAUGUGCUUUAGUCAACUCCUCUAACUAUCGUUGUCAUGCCAUAUGCUUUUCUAUGUGACUCCAGAGAGGUUAUCUCUGCCACUGAUCCACUUCUAUCAGGUACUUUGACUUUUGGCAUGGCAACUAUGGUGAGAAAAGGUCGCUAGAGCACAUACUGAUCUGGGACCAGGCUAGUCAUAGGCUCUGUGCCGGCCCUAUAUGUGGUAGUGCAGUGUGAAUAGUGUAAAUAGUGAAUAGUGUAAAGCUGAUCUGAGGUCAGCUCUGGGGCCUUGCCCUGCUCUCUGUGUGUCUCUGUCACUGACACAGGGAGAGGGAUACAUAUGACAAAGGGCAUUGACACCCAAGUGUUGUUAUACCUACGAGCUGUAUUGUAUACUAAUGUUUUGUUUAGUUUCCAGCAGCAGAGAGCAGAGGAAGGCCCUGCUACUCUGUCCUCUAGCAGGGAGAUAGGUAGGCUAGGCUAUGAGAAGUUAGAUGGGAGAGAUCUGUGUAUCUGUUCUGUACUCUCUAUUUUUAUGUGCUGUAGUCUGAUCUGGUUGGUAAGGACUCAAAUGCAUCAGUAGUAUUGUAUCUGAGAGAAAAGGAAGAUUGAUGAACAGGCUAUAAAAGACAGAAUGUCCACAGAUGAACAAAUAGACAGACCGACAGAUGAAUGUACAGUAUGGGUAGAUAGAUGGACAGAUUAAUGAAUUGAUGGACAGAUUGAUGACCUGCUGAGAUAAUUUAUGUUUGCUACUUGAAUGUCAAAGCAACUGAAAACAAGCAGUCUGAAUUAACUUUGAGAAAUAUUGCUGACACAUUGUUAUAGAAGUACUAAAUACUGAUGCUGAAAAGCUAUCUGACUCAGUGCUUGAUAUGGCCUAACCUAUUUUUGAGCUUAAAAGUUAGCCGUUUAUAAAGAAAGAGCAAAGCAAAUAUGUAUAUUCAAUAAACAGCAGUAACAGCAGUAAUAACAGUAUUAAAUGUAACAGAAGAAUGACAUGUACAGAUGUAAGAUCUUAAUUUGAUCACUUUUGUUGCUGAGAAUUUUCCUGUUCUAAAAAGGCUUCUGAAGUUUGUAAUUUCCACUUUGAAAUUUCAGACUUGAUUUUCCCUAAUGAAAAAUGCAUCAACCCCUACAAAAUUGGCCAUUAAUUAUAAUCCACAUAAUAAAUCACAUUUCCUGUUGCUGCAGAAUUUUGUCUUGCUGUAGCAAACUGGCUCAAAUUAUGAUUCUACAUCUGUAAUAAUUCGAACUCGUACACGUCACGAAUGUAAACAAUUAUUGAAGGAAAACUUAUUUUAUUUUCUCCACUUGUCACUUCAUAUUUGUAGAUGUGGCGAAAUAGUGAAAUUGUUAGAGCUGAGGAGUAGAUUUCCUCUCUGUUAAUUCAACAUACACUAUGUUAUUAUUCAGUAGAAUGUAGAUGUACAAUACAGUUUUGUUUCUCUUCCUUGACAUUGAAAGAUGCAUUACUUUGAGUAUAAAACACUCGCUUACCUCAGAUUAACAAUAUUUAAUAACUCUUUACUUUGAGUAUAAAACACUCUCUUACCUCAGAUAAACAAUAUUUAAUAACUCUUUACUUUGAGUAUAAAACACUCUCUUACCUCAGAUAAACAAUAUUUAAUAACUCAAUAAUAGAACACAAGGAUUCCUUCACAAAUACUAUCUCUUAAUCAACAACCAAAUGGAGGCUUCAGUUUAGUUCAUUUCAUUUGUGUUUCUUUCUUUUUCUUGUUUGAUGAGGGAGAUGUUGAAUCGGGUGCAGGCUGCUGGUCACCUUAGUAUUGUAGAAGGGUUUCCAAGGCUUUCUCUGAAUGAUUAUAUAGGUUGUGAAGAACAGGUUUUGGAACCAUGAAAAAAAGAUAUGCAUGUCUUAAGCUAUGUAUUGGGUAUGCCAUUCCUUGGGCUAGGAGUUUCUCCUGACCACAUGACCUAGAUCCUAGACCGGGGUAUUCAACUCUGACCCUACGAGGUCCGGAGCCUGCUGGUUUUCUGCUCUACCUGAUUUACUAAUUGCACCACCUGGUGUCCCAGGUCUAAAUCAGUCCCUGAUUAGAGGGGAACAAUGAAAACAUGCAGUGGACCUGGCUUUGAGGUCCCGAGUUGAGUUUGAGGGUCCUAUGCUAUAAUGCUUGGGUUUUUUCUGCUCGGGUCAUAUGGCCAGUAAAACUCCUGGCCCUAGCGUUCCUGCCCUUUGGCCAGGACUGGAGAUUAAAAUGGAGAAUAGAAGGCAGCGGAGAAAUAGUGUGAGAAUAUGUACUGUUUUUUUUUCUUUGUAUAUUUUACUACACGCACAGAGAGACUGAGUCUCUGCAGUAUGUAUGCAUGAGUCAGCGUGUAUGUUAGGAGAGUGUUCUAAUGUCCUUGGUUUUUAAAAAGAGUUUUACUGGUUCACUUACAACAUGAAGAAUACAAUAGUCCCAAAUGCACACUGUCUUCCAGUGUCUGUCUGACAAUAGACCAAUUCAUAUCCUCUUCACAACUGAACUGAAGGCUAACGGUAUAACUGAAUCAUUGUAAACUAGAGUGGUAGGGACCAUACAGUGAUGUGUUCUGCUGACUGGAUUCCCAUCUCUACAAAUGUCUGUAAAUCGCCUUGAAAUACUGUAAAUAUGUAAAUCAAAGAUGUACAAUAAUCGCUCUAAUAUUCCUUCAAUAAUCCACUUUCUUCAUGAGUGUAUGUGAUUACAAAGUAAAUUCUUUUUAAAAAUGGCACCAAAUUGUAAAGAAAAAAGAAAAAAGAUUACUACUCAAAAUGCUUAACAUAAUGAGGGUAUGAUUGCUAUGAUAUUGUAUGCAUUAAAGGAAAACGCUAUGUUGGAUAUAUUGUAUGUUUAAACACUGGCAAUGCAAGGAGGUCCACAGUCAAAAAUACUUAAGUGUCAGGUUCCCGGAUUUGGCACAUAGCUGAACUUUUAAUGUGGAUGGAGAUAUUUGAUUGGUCCUUAAUAUUUCUCGUAGACCAGGAGCCAAUACUCUUGCUCUGUGAGGGCCAGUGUAUUCUCUCGUCCAUAUAUUUUUACCAUCAACUAAUUCCAUCUGGCCUUGGUAAGCUAGCAUGCAGGUGAAUAGACUGAGUUGUCAAGGAGAAGACUGUUAGGAAUCACCAGAGCCUCAUUUACUAAGCAUCUGCACCAGUGCCAUGUUUACACCUGCUCUGUUCAAAAGGGAACGAGUCAUAGAACAAAGGGUCAAGGGACAAGUAAAGUCUGUUUUCUGUUUCUAGCUUUGUAUCUCAUCUUAUAAUUCCCUCUGAAAAUAGCAAGUGUAAACAUUGCACUGCUUGAUAAAUCAGGCCUUGGUCUUUGUUUUGGUGAGGUGUGAGUUCCGUGAAACUGGACUGUCCCCUUGAACAUGUGUGCUUCAACGCAGAGCUCUGUGUACUGACAGAGAGUUCAACGCAGAGCUCUGUGUACUGACAGAGAGUUCAACGCAGAGCUCUGUGUACUGACAGAGAGUUCAACGCAGAGCUCUGUGUACUGACAGAGAGUUCAACGCAGAGCUCUGUGUACUGACAGAGAGUUCAACGCAGAGCUCUGUGUACUGACAGAGAGUUCAACGCAGAGCUCUGUGUACUGACAGAGAGUUCAACGCAGAGCUCUGUGUACUGACAGAGAGAUGGAAUGAAGAAUAAAAGAUACAGCUGAGCAAUA